AUGACAGGGUCCUCGUCUCAGUAUCAGCUCGAGAAGCUUGGUGAAGGUACCUACGCUACCGUGUACAAAGGUAGAAACAGGGCCACUGGGGCUCUAGUGGCUCUCAAGGAAAUUAGUUUGGAUUCUGAAGAAGGUACCCCCUCGACAGCUAUUCGUGAGAUCUCCUUGAUGAAAGAAUUGGAGUAUGAAAAUAUUGUGACUUUGUACGAUGUCAUCCACACCGAGAACAAGUUGACCCUUGUGUUCGAAUAUAUGGACAAAGACUUGAAAAAGUACAUGGAGACUCACGGCACGAACGGAGCUUUGGACUUGAAAAUUGUGAAGCUGUUCAUGUUUCAAUUGCUUAAGGGCAUUAUGUUCUGCCAUGACAACUCCGUCUUGCAUCGUGACUUGAAGCCACAGAAUCUUUUGAUCAACCAGAAGGGUGAAUUGAAGAUUGGUGACUUUGGCUUGGCCCGUGCGUUUGGUAUUCCUUUCAACACCUUCUCGAACGAGGUCGUCACUUUGUGGUAUAGAGCACCUGACGUGUUGUUGGGAUCAAGAGCCUACACCACUUCCAUCGAUAUCUGGUCAGCCGGCUGUAUCUUUGCCGAGAUGUGCACUGGUAAGCCACUCUUCCCAGGAACCGCUAAUGAUGACCAGCUCAACAAAAUCUUCCGCUUGAUGGGCACGCCGAACGAGAGAACAUGGCCAGGCGUCUCUCAAUACCCAAAUUUCAAAAACAAUUGGCAGAUAUUUGUGCCUCAAGACUUGCGCUUGAUUGUGCCUAACUUGGAUCCCAUGGGAUUAAACCUAUUGACAUCAUUGCUACAGAUGCGUCCGGAAGCACGUAUCACGGCCAGACAGGCCUUGCAGCACCCAUGGUUCCAUGAGAUUGCAAACCCCACACCAAAUCCCAUGAUGCAGCCCAUGGCGGACCCCUACCAGCACCAACAACAGCAACCACAGCAACAAUGA